AUGCAACCUUCCUAUUUCGCCGAGCGAAGUACCCGGCCGUUGACACCAGCUCUUCCACAAAGCCAGGUGCCAGUCACCGUUCCGGUCACCCCUGCUCCCCAUGUCGCAGCUCUGCCUGCAAAGCCAAAUCCUGGAAGCACGUUUGCGGGAGCACGGCCAAAGGCGCAGCCAAAGAAUGCUGGUGCCGCUACGCCCGCGACGCCUGUUCUCAGACCUUCUCUGGGGGCUCCUGAGCCCGAGCCUGGGGUUCCAAAAUCACAAGCUGGCCAGCUGGGCACUGAGCCGCCGGCAGAGCGUGGAAAGCUUCAGUGGGACCGGCGCUGGGCAUCUUGGGAGGCAGAUGGGGUUCAAGUCGGCGCCUGCAUUUGGGCCGACUUGAAGGUUGAGGGCGAUCUCUGGCGAAUCUCCAGGCUGAAGAAAGAGAUCGAGGCAAAGCUGGCUUUGGCCUUAGGCGCAGAGUCCAUAGUGGCCAUCGUGGAUGAUGAGUACGAGAGUCACCAGCGGCUUUUUGUCUGCCUCUUGGCAAAGGCGGAAGAGUGUGUUGAGCUCCGCAGCACUUGGAAGCGCAUGAGCUUUCUAGAUGGAGCCGCCUUCGUAUCUUGGAGGGAUACCAUCGACACUGCCUCUCAGAACCAUGUGCCCCAUCUGAGGGAAUGCUGGAACCCCAAGAAACAUAAAGUCGACGCCUUCAGCCUUGCUUUGCCUCGGCACUGGGCGUUCUUGGGGGGAAGGCUGCCAAGCCAUGAACCGCCUGCCCACUGUGCCCCAGGCAGCCAUUGGCACAACUUUGCGCAGAUCUGGGGGGAGGUGGCAGAGGCACGGUUCAUGUGGAAGGGGGAUAGGCCCGAGACUAUCUACCUGGUAGCAUCCUAUGCUACCAAAGCCGGGCCGAAGGCUGCGUACCGAGAUCUUACCGGACGCUGCCUGAAAAACCCGAUGUCUUCAAAGCAAAAGGGCCGAAGCGACGUGAACUUGGUGCACGCAGUCUACGGCACGUAUAUGAACCUAAUCGACCGUGUGUCCUACAGAGCCGAGAAGAAGUCCAAACCUUGGAUGGACGCAGUCCCUGCAGAGCUGCCGCCACGCCCAGAGACUUCACCUGAAGGCCCGGUCUUCGAGCUGUUUCCUUUGCAGCCUCAGGGUCACGUGCCGCUGCAGAGGAGGAAGCUACAGAUAGCACCCUGGGGGCCUACUCAGGUUUGCAUUGGAAGAUCAGAGCACUGCGGCCUUCGUGUCAUCCAUGAGGGGGUCUCCAACGAACAUGCUGAGCUCUUCCUCAUGGUGCCAUGGAAGCAACAUGCUGCAUCACAUCUCUCUGUGCACAUCACGGACAAGUCUAAGAACGGCACGUUUGUCAAUGGGCAGCGGCUGAUGAAAGACCAAGUGCUACAGCUUCAAGAGGGUGAUGUUUUGCGCCUGGCUGAUGUGCCUUCAUAUGUCCUUCGCCGUUUCGCGUCCCUGGCCGCUGCAAAGGAAGCGCCACCACCUUCCAACUGGCAUUCGGAUGCCAUUGAGUUCGAAGUGCCCGCUUGUCCCUCGUUCAUCAGGGAAACAAAGAAGAAGCAGUCCAAGAAAGCGAUUCCGAACUCUAAGGACGAGCUCUGGUCGGCAGAGGCUAGCCAGAAGAUAGCCAGCUCCCGAAAGGCAAUGCAAGAACUCAAGGAAGAUGCUGAUGCAGACGUGUCCACUUGGCUACAGGAGGAGGUCUUCAGGCCGUUGUACGGGAAGCUUCGGACGGCGGAGCAAGACACCGCGAAGAAUGGCCAGUUCACCAAACGCCAGCGCAUGACUGCGGACAAGCGCAACCGCGAGGAGCUGGAAAAGCUGGCCAGGAAAGCAUUGGCCAUCAUCCGCCAGUAUCAGAAGGCCAAAGACCUGGCCAACGACGGGAUCUUCAGUCAAAUGGCGACCCCUGGCGAGGAGGGGACUGUCGUGGACGAGUCCUGCUUUCUCAACUUCUUUGCCGAGUGCGAGAAGGAAACGACAAACGGGGAAGCGGCCGAUUUCCCGAGCAAGGAGGACCUCCAACGGCUUUUUACAUACUGGGACGAAGCUGGAGCUGGCAAUCUGGACGAGGAGCGAGUUGCUGAGAUUCUGCGACGAUUCAUGAAGGUGGUCAACAAGACUGCAAUUCAAGACGGCGUUAGUGUCAAGGAGGCCAACAGCCUCCGCACGUUGGAGGUUGGAGACGUCGUGGAGCUUCUCGGUAUGCCGAAGCAGGAUCCAGAAGUGGAAGUGACGCGAGUGCAAGUGCGUGCGCUGGCAGAUGGCACUGAAGGCUGGGUCUCGAUGUCUGGCAACCAGGGGACCGACUACCUACAGGAGGGCGGAGGCAUCUUCAAGGUAGUCAAGGAAACGCUCCUAACUGAUGACUUCGAGAUUGGAGUCGUCAAGGAGAAAGUGGUUAAGGAGCUCUGCAAUGGAUCUGAGAAUGAUGCAUGCGAACUCUUCGAACAUCUGCUGAUGCAUGUGAUCCCAGUGCCGUACUGGCUGUGGCUCGAGAGAAGAGGAGUUUAUUUUCACCCAUGCCUAGCACGCAUGGUGGCCUGGGUCUCCAGGUGUGGCACCACCACAGGAGAUGAUGGAAGGCUUGCACAGAUCUGUUGUGGUGUGGCAGCCUUCUAG